CAGAGGAGAGAGGGAUAAGACGCCUGGCCUGGUGAAGCAACCAUUUCUCACCAAUUGUUGCGCUCACCAUCUCCCAAACGCUCUUUCCCGCUUUACUUUUCCCGAUAAAAGAGAAGAGAAAGCGAAUCCAAACCCACCCGCAAACCCAUCAGAAGGAGCCCAAUUGAUUCUAGAUGUAUAGAGAGAGAGAGAGGGAGGAGAUGGAAGAGAAAAGGUUGUGUUCAUGGCGACCAUCAUCGUCUUCCAAGCUUUUGUGGCUGAUAGUCCCACUGGUGGUGUUUUUUGGGGUUGUGGUUUUACUGGGUCCAAAUACCUCGAAUUGGGUUCUUGAUUUGGACCGCUAUCCACGGGCGUGGAGUUCUGUUAUUUCUUCUUAUGCUUCUUCUCCCGCUGUGUUUUCCGGCGAAAACAGUUCCGUUUCGUCGGAGGUGGCGCAUUUGGGUUGGCAUUCGAGGUUAGCUGAUGGAGAAGAGGCUGUGUCGUACGAGUUCGGCGUUCUUAAUCGGUCGUCUUCUCCACCGCUUGCCAUUGAAGUUAUUCAAAUCUCUCCACCGAUCGCAGCUGUUGAGGAGAAUCGUGAAGAGAGCUCCAAAUCCAAUACUAGCAUAAAUGGAGCCCCUACUGUAGUUCCUUCUGUAAAUGAAUCUCCAGCUCCUCCCAUGGCGCCGGCGAGAUUAGGUCGACGAAAACAGACCAACUUAAUGAAGCUUGAAGCCGGCCUCGGCCGAGCUCGGGCCGCCAUUAGAGAAGCUUCAAGCAACGGGAACCAAACCCAAGAUCCCGACUUUGUCCCCAGAGGCCCAAUGUACUGGAAUCCCGCUUCCUUCCACAGGAGCUACUUGGAAAUGGAGAAGCAGUUGAAGGUAUUCGUGUACGAAGAAGGAGAGCCGCCGCUGUUUCAUAACGGGCCGUGCCGGAGCAUAUACGCCAUGGAAGGAAACUUCAUCCACAGAAUAGAGGUGAGCGGGUUCCGAACCGGAGAUCCCAACAAGGCCCACGUGUUCUUCCUGCCGUUCAGCGUGACGUCGCUCGUCCGUUACGUCUAUGUCGGGGAUUCUCACGACUGGUCGCCGAUGAAACAUACGGUGAGAGAUUACAUCAAUCUCGUGGCCGAAAGAUACCCGUUUUGGAACCGGAGCCUCGGCGCCGAUCACUUGAUGCUCGCCUGCCAUGACUGGGGGCCGGAGCUCUCCAAGGCCAUCCCUCACCUCUACAAAAACUCCAUCCGGGCGCUCUGCAACGCCAACACCUCCGAAGGAUUCCAGCCCAAGAAAGACGUCUCCUUCCCGGAGAUCCUCCUCCCGGACGGCACCACGAAGCAGCUGCUCGGAGGCCCUUCUCCCUCCCGGCGUCCCAUCCUGGCCUUCUUCGCCGGCGGCGUCCACGGCCCCAUCCGCCCGAUCCUCCUUGAACACUGGGAGAACAAAGACGCGGACAUCCAAGUCCACAAGUACCUGCCCAAGGGCGUCUCCUACCGCGGCAUGAUGCGCAAGAGCCGCUUCUGCAUCUGCGCCAGCGGCUACGAGGUGGCCAGCCCCCGCAUGGUGGAGGCACUCUACAUGGGCUGCGUGCCGGUGCUCAUCAAGGACCACUACGUCGCUCCCUUCAGCGACGUUCUCAACUGGAAAUCGUUCUCGGUGGAGAUUCCGGUGAGGGAUAUUCCAGCGCUGAAGAGGAUUCUGGCGGGGAUUUCCCAGUCGCAGUACAUAAGGCUGCAGCGGCGGGGCCUGCAAGUGCGGCGUCAUUUCGAGGUGAACUUGCCGCCGAAGCGAUUUGAUGUUUUUCACAUGAUUCUGCACUCCGUCUGGCUUAGAAGGCUCAACGUCCGCCUUCGAGAAGAUGGUGAUUCGGAAUGGAUUGUCAACUGAGAAAUCUACUAGCUGUAAUGUCCAAAGUAGACAUUGUGCUUUCUCUUAUUUAUUUAUUUUAUAAAAAUGUUUUCCAUUAAAAAUUGAA